CCAAACUUUGUGUACAAGUGCGCAGGUGCUGCACUGGCCUGAGCAUCAGUGACAGAUCAGAAUUGCGAAGAUAAGCGUUGGUCUUAGUACGACUGGGUACGAGACAAUCAAGACCACGCUUUGAUACUGUGGCCUGUGUUUGGGCAUUGUGUGCGAGCACAAAAUGCAGUCUCAGCUUCCUCGUCCCAAUUGAAGUUGUUGAUAUCAAGAGCUCCAUAGUAAGCAUGCAUGCACAUUCGGUAGUAUUGCCGGACUCGGAGCUCGGUCGAGGUGACGUGCAAGCAUCCCCUUCCCCAGUCCUGGCAGCCUUUCCUCUUCAGGCGAUGCGACUAGUCGUGAAUGACGGCGGCGGGGCUCACAGACACCCAGAGAGCGACCUUGCAACGAUUGACUUCUGUAAGUCAUCCCAAGGUUCAGCAGCGCGCUGUCGGGUACGCCUCAGGUUGGCUAGGCUAGCGAGGCAGCAGCCCGAUGCCGCAACCGACAUGCUGUCAUGGCAUUCCUGGGUGUUCAAGGCGCCCAAUCUGUGGAGGAGUGUGUGUAGCAGAGGGAGGGACAGGGAUCAAAGAAAGGUGCCUGCGGCCAAUGUCGGCGCUAACAGUGUAAUGACCGGGCAACUGCUGAGAGCAAUGAUGGCGGGCAGAGAGAAUCGAGUCGCUGCUUCUCGUGGAUGUGCAUGGCAGGAACCACGUGCAGCAUCUGCACGGCACGAUUAGAGAAAGCUCAAAAGCCCAGGACGUCCACGUCCACGCAGCAAACAAGCAAACAAGUUUUCCUCUGGCCCCCAAGCACGCUAUCGUGUGCCAGUCCGUCAUACACGCGCGUUCAGUAGUCUACGGUCGUUCUUUCACGCUCGGCCUG